GCCCAAGUCAUUAUGGCAGAUUGCCAGAAGUUGCUCCGUUUUGCAAAGCAACUUCAUUCCCUGUCGCCAUCACGGAUAGUGUCCAAGCGAAGAUCGAUGAAUCACUAUGCAAACGUUCCUUGCAGUGGAGACUAUGGCAUUCGGUUCUUCUAAAUACAAGCGCCUCAAAGAGCAACGAGACAAUGGUGUGUUGGGCUCCUAGCGCCUUGCCAAAAAUUUGGAACAGAAAAAGGACUCUACUAUUUUCUGAAAUCACUAGUGCUUCAUCACACAAUGGACAGCUUGGAGUGAGAACGUUCCAGGUGGCCAGUAACUGAAAGCCGCGCCUCGCAAGAGACCGCCAUAGGCCAUGGCACCCGAUCCCAGGAUUCACAUCAUCAUCAGGCGAGACGGAAGCCACAUGAUAGAAGCAUUCUACACAGCCGGGCGAUCUGCACGCUCCGUGUUGCAGAACUUUGAAAAAAUUGUGGGUACGGAAGUGACGCUGUGUGAGGAGGAUGGGCCUAAUGUGGCAGGGGACGAGGAGGCGCUUGUUGCUGGCAACUACCGCUACAAGCCUGCGGGGAGGAGCAACGAUGACGACUGGGAUGACAGCGUGGAUGAGGAAGUCAGCAAAAUCCUGGAGCGUGCCUUUGUGUCCCCGGAGAAGAACGGGCAGCCGAAGCUUGAUCUGAGGCCCCCACCCCCGAGCAACCCCGUUGCGAGGAGAGAUGUUUCCGUCGUGUACUAUGGCAACACACCCAGCCUGCUGCUCACGAAUCUUCCCGAACGCAACGAGCGUGGCCUUACGAACGCACAGACGUUGCUGGCGCAGAAUAAGCAGCUGCAUGCAUCCAAGGGUGUCCAGGGCCAGGUGCAGACCCGCGCGACUGCGCUCAUCGCGCCUUCAGGAGGCGGGAAGUCCCGCACGGCGCUCGAGGCAUCCUGCCACGAGUACAGCUUUUACCUGAGCUUCUCCACAGAGAAGGAGCCCGGCGCGAACAUCCUCCGGGAGGCAAUCGAUUGGCUGAGGGAGAGACAUAGAGAUGAGUACGCGAGAGUUCGGGGUGACGCAGAGCGUCUGAAAGAUUUCCGCGAGAACAUGCUGCUCGACAUGGAGAAGUUCAUCACGCGCAUCCUGCUGACGUUCGCAUUGGGCCUGCGCAAGUACCUGAGCCAGCAUGGAAGCCAUGCCAGCCCGAAGGGCUUUCUCCUGUUCCAGCUCAUCGGCGUCAGUGCACAGGAGGACUGGGUGGAGGAGACCUGGCGCUGCCUGCUGGGCCUGUCACGGGAGGCGGUGAAGCUGAAGCUGCAAGCGGUGGUGGAAGAGCUGCGAAGGUGGACCAAUCAGGACUUCUUCAACACCUUCCUGGAUGAGGCGCAAGCCGGGAUGCGGAUUAUGGACGGGUACUUCCCGAGCCGUGACGGGACGGGGGGGCGCCCGCUGCUGAACGGCUGGGUUCGAAGCCUGCACAAGAGCGUCUUUGUGCACUUCCACUUCAACCUGACAGGUACGUCUUGGAAGGGCCAGUCAGCCCCCACGGCAGGUUGA